ACCGCGCCGCCCUCGGCGGUUCGGGGGCCCCGCAGCCUAAGUCCGCUCCAGCGGGCGGUCUUCACUUUGAGGGGGUCCGGAGCCGAAGGAGUUAAAACAAGCGACGCCCCCCACCCCACUGGCCGCCUCCCUCACCAGUCCAGCCCGCCGGCCAUGGGCGGACGCGAUCACCUGUUCAAAGUGCUGGUGGUGGGGGACGCCGCGGUGGGCAAGACGUCCCUGGUGCAGCGAUACUCCCAGGACAGCUUCAGCAAGCACUACAAGUCCACGGUGGGAGUGGAUUUUGCUCUGAAGGUCCUCCAGUGGUCUGACUCCGAGGUGGUGCGGCUCCAGCUGUGGGAUAUUGCAGGGCAGGAGCGCUUCACCUCCAUGACACGACUAUACUAUCGGGAUGCCUCCGCCUGUGUUAUUAUGUUUGAUGUUACCAACGCCACGACCUUCACCAACAGCCAGAGAUGGAAACAGGACUUGGACAGCAAGCUCACACUACCUAAUGGAGAGCCCGUGCCCUGCCUGCUCUUGGCCAACAAAUGUGAUCUGUCCCCUUGGGCAGUGAGCCGAGACCAAGUGGACCGGUUCAGUAAAGAGAAUGGCUUCACAGGUUGGACAGAAACAUCAGUCAAGGAGAACAAAAAUAUUAACGAGGCCAUGAGAGUCCUCAUUGAAAAGAUGAUGAGCAAUUCCAGAGAAGAUAUGUCUUUGUCCACCCAAGGGGACUAUAUCAAUCUGCAGACCAAGCCCUCCUCCAGCUGGGCGUGCUGCUAGCAGUUUGGGGCUUGUUUUCCCUCCCGAUGUCAGGAGGUCUUUUCAUCUCUUUCCUUUGGCUGCCCACCCAGCAAUCUCCUGUACACGUGACCCAUCUCCUGCUGGCUGUCCUGAAAGAGCCAUCCUCACUGAGGGAAGUCUGGGACUCCAGUGCAUUUCUGCAUCCCUCACAGGUGGGCUACUCGCAGCUGUGGCUCAGUACCUUCUGUAUAAGAAAGAUCAUCUUUCUUUGUGAUCUGGGAUUUUGUGGGAAGCAUUGGAAAUCCGCACCUGUGAUCAGAAUUCCCACCCGUUUUUGGCGUCCAUUUUUCCAUUUGAUGUAUGUUGAUAUCUCAACCCGGUAGGACUUCAGAUUGCGAGAACAAGAGCAAAGGGCAUUUCCCAAAUGCCCUAUAGGUUGUCGCUGUCAGAUUCUUCCUGUCUUGGACUUUGACUUUGAACCUCUGAUUCCAGGAUGCACAGGAGUGUGGCUGGAUAUCCAUGGGUUUGGGGCCACAGGAGAUAAUGGAAAAGUCACUGUAUUUUUGAAGCUUCUAAAGUCAUAAUUGGCUUUAUCUUAUCUUGGCUGCAAGAGUAUUCAAGCUUAUAAACUACUUAUUAUGAGUGAAGAGAGCA